AUGACACCACAAACAUCUCCGGAUAAUGAAAUUUCACAAACUGAUUCCGUUGAAUUAAUUGAACCGGAUUCAAAUCGCGAAAAUGACCAAUUUAUAAACCCUAUAAACGAAGAACAAGAAGCCGUUCGUUCGUCCUCUUCCUCUACGAUUUCCUCAUUAAUAGCAGGAAUUAAAUCUGUUGCUUACGACGUGUCUUCUUAUUGGGCAAAGAGAUUAUAUGAUGCUAUUUUGUCCCCUCAAGAUCCUCAAGCUUAUUACAAGCACCUAUUAGAAGUUGCAAGCAACUAUGAACAAUGUUUACAUACAAAGAUUACAAUUAAUCAUAUGAUUUAUAUUCUAAAAAUUUUAGGAAAAGAUAAAUGGAAAACUGAUCCAGUUUCACCCGACUACGAUUAUGACUUAUUGGUAAAACGGUUAAAACAAUUAAAAGAAGCUCGCAGGUCGGGCGAUCUUUCGCAAAUGAUCUUUUUAUUAAGAACAUCAUUAGCCAGAAAUUUAGCUGAUAUGGGACAACCGAAGUUAUAUGCUCAUACGAAUAUUGGUACCAAAAAAUUGAUAGAAGAUUAUAUUAAUGAAGUAGUAAAACAAAUGAAUAUAAUCUGUGAUACAGAAUCCGAAGAAAUUUCCGCUAAAUAUAAACUUGAUUUUUUCAUCAAUACAAGACAAUCUUUUGGAAGAACAGCCCUUUUAUUGAGUGGAGGAGCAACUUUUGGACUUACUCAUAUUGGAGUCAUUAAAUGUCUUCACGAAUGUAAACUUUUACCUCGUGUAAUUUCUGGAGCUUCAAGUGGAUCUAUUAUUGCUGCUCUUUUAUGCACAAAAACGGACGAUGAAAUUCCUGCAACAUUGAAAGCUAUUGAUUCAGGAGGAUUCGAUUUGGAAGUUUUUCAAAGAGAAUCAGAUCCAGAAUCUUGGAAUAGGAGAUUAAACAGAUUUUUAAGACAAGGUGUUUUUUUUGAUGUUAAAAUUUUGAGAGAUUGUAUGCAACGAAAUAUUCCUGAUAUGACCUUUCUGGUAAGUUUUUGGGGGAUAGUUAGACGCACACGAAGAAUUUUAAAUAUCACUGUUACUUCUUCUACUAAAUUUGAAAUGCAAUGCCUUCUUAAUUAUUUAACAGCACCAAAUGUGCUAAUUUGGUCCGCCGUUGCAGCGUCUUGUUCAGUUCCAUUCAUCUAUAGUUCCUCACCUUUAUUAGAAAAGGAUAAAAAUGGAAAGAUUGUUUCAUGGAAUCCUUCAGGAUACCGUUGUAUUGAUGGUUCCGUAGAAAAUGAUCUUCCUAUGAACAAAAUUUCUGAACUAUUUAAUGUAAAUCAUUUCAUCGUUUUGAAUCCGCAUGUUGUGCCCUUUUUGGAAACAAAAUUAAUUCCUUCGCCAAUUAGUAGAGUAAUUGGCUGGUUUUUAUUUUUAGCAUUUUCUGAAUUACAACAUAGGUUAAACCAAUUAAGAGAAUUUGGAAUUAUGUCGGGUUUAAUCCAUCGUCUUCAAGCUAUUAUACUUCGUUUUCGUAUACUUGAAGACGUAUUUGCGCCCAUGAAUUCUGACGAACAAAACGAAUCUGAUCUCGGAAAUUCGAAAUUGGACAGUAGUCAUGAAAAAAGAAUUAAAGAUAUACAUCACAAGGUGCAACCUUUCUCAGCGAUAAAUGGAUUAUCUGAUUCUCGAGUUGAUUGA